AUGAGAAUGAUUGUAAAACAAUUAGAGUAUAUGUACAUUCAAAGAUCCUUUUCAUUUGUAAGAAGAUCAUUAUCAAUAACAACAACAACAACAACUCAAUUCAUAUCAACAACAAAAACAACCAAUUCAAAUUAUUCAUAUUACAGUAGUAAAAGUAAAGAAACAGACAUGUCACAACAAGCAUUUAGUAGAGCAGGUUUAGAAGACUUGAUGAAACGUAGAUUCUUUAUUACACCAGCAUUUGAGAUUUAUGGUGGUGUAGCAGGUCUCUAUGACUAUGGUCCCCCAGGUUGUGCAAUCAAGGCCAACUUGAUCAACUUGUGGCGUCAACACUUUGUCAUCAACGAAGAUAUGCUCGAAGUUGAUUGUACAUCUCUUACACCAGAGGUUGUCCUCAAGACAUCUGGUCACGUUGCCAAGUUUGCCGAUUUCAUGGUCAAGGAUGAGAUCACCAAGCAGUGCUACCGUGCCGAUCAUUUGCUCGAACAACAUAUCGACAAGUUGUUGGAAGACAAAAAGAUCACUGCUGAACGCAAGGAAGAGCUCACUCAUGUACGUGCCAAGGCUGGUGACUAUGGUCAAUCUCAAUUGACCGAAGCACUCAAAAAGUAUGGUGUCAAGUGUCCAGACACUGGUAAUGCCAUCACCGAGCCAUACCCAUUCAAUCUCAUGUUCCAAACUCAAAUCGGUCCAUCUGGUCAAUUGGUUGGUUUCAUGCGUCCAGAAACCGCUCAAGGUAUCUUUGUCAACUUUAAGCGUCUCCUCGAUUACAACGCCAACAAACUUCCAUUUGCCGCUGCUCAAAUUGGUAACUCUUUCCGUAACGAAAUCGCUCCACGUUCUGGUCUUCUUCGUGUACGUGAAUUCACAAUGGCUGAAAUUGAACAUUUCGUCAAUCCACAUGAUAAAUCUCAUCCAAAGUUUGAAGAAGUAGCAAAUAUUAAAGCUAAUUUAUUAACAUCGGAAGCUCAAGAUGGUGAUAAAAAGGUAGUAGAGAUGACAUUUGGUGAUGCAGUUAAACAAGGUACUAUUAAUAACCAAACACUUGCCUACUUUAUGUGUCGUACUCAAUUGUUCCUUCAUACUAUUGGUAUCAAACCCGAACGUAUGAGAUUCCGUCAACAUCAACAAAAUGAAAUGGCCCAUUAUGCCUCUGACUGUUGGGACGCUGAGAUUCACACCUCGUACGGUUGGAUCGAGUGUGUUGGUCAUGCUGAUCGUAGCUGUUACGAUCUCACUGUGCAUUCGGACGCCUCGCGUAUCCCCUUGGUCGCCUUUGAAGAGUUUAAGGACGGUCCCAAGACAAUCGAGGUGGUCGAUGUCAAGAUCAACAAGAGCAAGAUGGGCAGCACCUUUAAAAAGGACGCCAAGGCCCCAAUGGACUACCUCGAAGGUUUGGCCACCAAGAUGGAAGAGGCAUUAAAGUUGCGUGACGAACUCGACGCCGCCGGCUCUGCCACUAUUGUCGUCAACGACCAAGGUUACAACAUCACCAAGGAAAUGGUCUCGUUUACUCAAGCCACCAAGAAAUUGACCGGUCAAUCAUUUGCUCCACAUGUCAUUGAACCAUCUUUUGGUCUCGGUCGUAUCAUCUAUUCGCUCUUGGAACACAGUUACUCUGUGCGUCCAGCUACCGAAGAAGACAAGGCUGAAGAUGCCAACAAGAAGCUCGACAGAGCCGUCCUCUCUUUGCCAGCCAUCAUCGCACCUGUCAAGACCUCUGUUCUCCCACUCACCCAAUCCGAAGCUCUUGCUCCAUUUGUCCAACAAAUUACCCGUCUCCUCAAGGAACAAGGUAUCUCUAGCAAGGUCGACGAGUCUGGUGUCGCCAUUGGUCGUAGAUACGCCCGUACCGAUGAGAUUGGUAUCCCAUUCGCCAUCACCAUUGAUUUCACCACUGUCGAAGAUCAAACUGUCACCCUUCGUGAACGUGACACUAUGAUUCAAGUCCGUGUUCCACUCCAACAAGUUGCUACCACCAUCAAACAACUUUCUGAAAAUACUUUACAAUGGACUCAAGUUGCCAAUACUUUUCCAGCUCACAAAUUUUAA